GGCGUAAGGGUUCGCGAGAGGAGUCGCGGAGGCGAGGUGUUGCGAGGGAGGGACUGCAUCCGUUUGCGACUCGGUAAACGAGGGGCGCGUGGUGGCCGCAAUAAGGGGGGGGAUCCAACGGUUGCCGAUCUCAAUAAAUCUUUUCUUUCCCAAAAAUCAGAUUUUUGGCAGCAAUUGCGAGCAGGGAGAAGGGAUUCAAUUCCGUCGAAAGUUGAAUCACACGGUAAAUUGGAAAGCGGGGGUGACACCGCCGGAUCCGGGAGGGCCGGGAGAAGGAGAGGAGAGGAGAAGCGCGCUCACGCGAAGCCCCUCCAAAUCCCGUUCCUCGGGCCACCCGACCGCGCAGAUUGAGACUUCCCCAAUCUCUACUCCGAUUUUUUUAGGUUAAAAAAUCGGAUUUUUAAUUGGUAAAGGUUCAAUUCUUUAGAGUCCGGUUCAUCCCACGGGAGAGCAGGGGAAAAAAUUGGAAAGGAUUGGAAGCCGCCCUGGUCGGGGAGAGAGAUUGCUUGGAUCCGACGGUGGGUUCCAGGACCAUUGGAUGGGCAACCAGUGAGGAAUCAUGAACCAAGAUUACAUCUUUCAAGAAGAAGACGACGAUCUGUUCUUCGACUCGAGAGAUGACAUCUCCUCCGUGUCUGACUCGUGCCCCAGCAGCCCGGCCAAGAAUGGUUUGUCGCCUGAAGACCAAUUUAUCAGUUGGCCAUCGAAUAAUCCGCGCUUUGAGGUUUGGAUUAAGGAUCCUGUCAGCGUGAGGGAACGCAGGGACAAGUUCAUGAAAAUUCUGGGCGUGGAUGUCAUAAACAGCCUUCCUCGUGGAUCAGACAAUCUUGAUGAGGAACUUAAGGUGGACGGUGAGAUUCAGCCAGGCAUCGAUAGAGUCAUGUCCAAUCGCGGUGCAGUGCUAAGAAGCUCUUGUUCCAGGAACAAGUAUUCAAUGUCCAGCUGGUCCAGUGAGGAUACGAGCACAUUGUGUGAUGGGGUCUUCGAAGAGGGCUUUGUGUGCAGAAUCAAGAAUUUGGAUGAUGGCACAGUCUUUGUGGUGGAUGACUUGGACAAAGAUGGUGGCCUGAGAAGCCUUCGAGAGGUUGGUUCUAACCGCACUUUAACUUUCCAUGAAUUUGAGAGAAAUUUUGGUCCAUCAUCCUUGAUCCAGCAGCUUAUGAGGCGAGACAUUGAUGCACCAAGCACCUCCGAGAAGUCUGUACGAAAGAAAAGGACUGGGUGGCUGAGGAGAUUGGGUGCUGCAGUUUGCAUUGUGGAUAGGCAACAGGAGAAUAGUAGUUCCAGUAUUUCUGAUUCUUGUGGGAGAAGAAGCACGAGACCUGGAAGGAUUAAAGUCCAUCUUUAUAAGAAGCAAUCAAAGGAAUUAUCUGCAGUCUACAAUGGGCAAAAUUUCAAAGCCCAUGAUGGUGCAAUCUUAACCAUGAAGUUUAGCCCCGAUGGUGAGUAUUUAGCUACUGGAGGUAAAGAUGGGGUUGUGCGCAUGUGGCACGUGAUGGAAUGCAGAAGAACUGGCGAAAUGCGCAUUCCUGGAAAUGAUCCUUCGUGUAUAUACUUCACAGUGAAUCGAAGUUCUGAGCUAACCCCUCUAUAUGUUGAUAAAGAUAAAAAACCAAAGUCCAUAAAUUCAAGGAUAACCUCAAAGUCAGUGUGUGUCAUUAUACCUCCAGAUGCUUUUCGGUUGUCAGAGGUACCACUUCAUGAGUUCCAUGGGCAUUGUGGGGAUGUACUGGAUCUUUCAUGGUCAAAUAAUAAGUGCUUGCUGUCAUCAUCCGUGGAUAAAACUGUUCGCAUGUGGAAAAUUGGAUCAGACACCUGUGUCAAAGUUUUCCCUCACAACAAUUAUGUGACAUGUGUGCAGUUUAAUCCUAAUAAUGAGGAUUACUUCAUCAGUGGCUCUAUAGACGGAAAAGUUCGUAUAUGGGAAAUUUCAAGAAGUCAAGUCAUGAAUUGGGUUGAUGUUAGAGAAAUAAUUACUGCUGUUUGCUACCGCCCUGAUGGGAAGGGCGCAGUGGUUGGCACCAUGGCUGGCAAUUGCCGCUUCUAUGAUGCAUCAGAUAAUCAUCUACAAUUAGAUGCUCAAGUCUUCCUGCAGGGCAAAAAGAAGUCUGCCUUGAAGAGGAUAACAGGAAUUCAGUUUUGCCCAAGUGAUCCUCAUAAGCUGAUGGUUUCUUCCGCUGACUCACAAAUUCGAGUCCUUGAUGGCUUUGAUGUGACUUCUAAAUUCAAGUGUAGCCGAAAAUCUGGAAGUCAGAUAUUUGCAUCCUUCACUGCAGAUGGACAGCAUAUUAUUUCUGCCGGUGAGGACUCUAAUGUCUACAUGUGGAGCUAUGCCAGUCAUGCUGCACCCUCAUCUAAACAUGGGAAGAGCACUUGGUGUAGUGAGCGCUUCUUUUCCAGCGAUGCAACUAUUGCAAUACCUUGGUAUGGUUUACAAUCUGAAAAAUCAGCAGUCCCUGCCACCUCUGAGGUUCUCCAUUCACGGAAGGAUGUCUUCAGAGAUGAAGCUGCAGUCACAAGUUGUUCUUCGGACCGUCAUGUAGAAGACUUGUGCGGCAAUGACACCUUUUAUCUAUCACCUUCCCGAAGUUUCUCUCUGAGCCAUGAAUUCUUGGAGUGUCUGCCAAAGGGCUCUGCGACUUGGCCUGAGGAGAAACUUCCUUCAAGCUUUGCCUCAUCUACCUUGGACAAGUCCCACUACAAGUUCCUGAGGACUUCUUGCCAAAACACCUCACAUGCCUGGGGUCAAGUGAUAGUAACUGCUGGAGUGGAUGGUUGGAUCAGUUGGUGGUACCUCUUUCUUCCAGAGCCUGGCGAUUGGCAAAAUUGACACUGCUGAUUUGCUCUAUAACUAAACCGUAUGAGGGAGCACAUGCUCGGUGCUCCUGUAAAUUCUGUAUGGAUUGGAGCUGUACUUUGACCAACUGAUCCUUGAAGAUAUUCUCACCUUCAAGAGAUUGUGGUAGGCCAAGAUGGACUGAAAUUUUUUGUAAAUUUGUGCAGUAUAGGUGAAGUUUUGGGGUUUGGUGUUUUCUCUCUUUCAUCUUUGGAAACCUUUUGUUAUUUUAAAGGUAUAUUGCAAAAGCAUUGUGACGUAUAUGAGUGUAAAAAUCAUCCUUCCUGUCUGAACAGAUGAGUGGCAGACGAGGGCUGCCGGUUAGCUUGUAUUGUUGGAUAGAGAAAUUUCAUUCAAUUAUACAGAUUCUUUCAUCUAUUUUUA